GGCCUGGCAGAAAUUGUUUCCGGGCAAACACAAUUGAGAGCAGCGUUGACUUUAGAGCAAUUGAAACCAUUUUUCGAUUUGUUUGCUGAACCUGCAGAAACAUGACUGUUUCCUAUACCGCUGAGGUGGCUACCUGCCAGCGUUGUGGCUGCUUCUGGAAACUCUUAGCCAGAUGGCGUGCAAGUAUCUACAAAAUAAUCUGGUUUGAUCUUUUGGUAUUUCUCUUCUGUUUCUAUGCCAUGGCAUUGCUGUAUCGCGUGAUACUCAACGAAAACGAUAAGCAUUUCUUUGAGGAAAUCGUUCGCUAUUGCCGCAAUCAUGGCGGUUUGAUACCGCUCUCCUUUGUGCUUGGCUUUUAUGUGGCCAUCAUUGUGGAGCGAUGGUGGAGUCAAUAUAUUUCCGUACCCUGGCCUGAUCCCUUGGCCGUGUAUGUGAGCACCUUGGUGCGUGGCCUAGAUGAGCAUGGACGUCUUAUGCGUCGCACAAUCAUGCGUUAUGUUUGUCUCUCGCUAACGAUGGUGUUGACCAUGAUUUCGCCCGGUAUUAAACGUCGUUUUCCUACCUAUGACUUUCUCAUUGAGGCGGGAUUACUCAACAAGAAUGAAGCGAACAUUAUUGCGGCCAUGGAUGAAAAGUUCCCCGGACAUUUUAAGUACUGGAUGCCAAUAAUGUGGGCUUCCAGUAUUAUGACGAGAGCUCGAAGAGAGGGACGCAUCUGGGAUGAUUUCUCGCUCAAAUCGAUGAUUGAUGAAUUGAACAAGUUUCGAUCGGGUUGCAAUAUGCUCAUCCACUACGAUAUGAUCAGUGUGCCGUUAGUUUACACGCAGGUGGUCACACUGGCAGUGUAUACGUAUUUCCUGGCCGCCAUCUUUGGGCAUCAAUACAUUUACUCGAGUGAUGCCACGUUUAAUAAUAUUAUCAACUAUUAUUUCCCUGUGUUUAGCACACUGGAGUUCUUCUUCUUCAUGGGUUGGCUUAAAGUUGCGGAGACUUUAAUUUGCCCGUUUGGCGAUGAUGAUGAUGACUUUGAUCUCAACUGGGCAAUCGAUCGCAAUUUGCAAGUGAGUUAUUUAAUUGUGGACGAAAUGCACAACGAUCACCCGACGCUGGUGAAGGAUCAGUACUGGGACGAAGUCUUCCCCAAUGAGCUGCCCUAUGCCGAUGAGUCGCAACGUCAUGCACCGCCUGAACCUUCCACUGCCAAAUUGGACAUAUCCAAAAUUACUUCUUCGCACAUACCAAAGAUACAUUCAGCAACAAGCACCGAAGAACUUGAUUUUACCAAUUUCGAUGGCGAAGACGAUUUCAUCUAUGACAAUGAGCUGCGCAUUCGAUUUGCCUCACGUCGCUUCAACAUCCAUCGCAGCUCCUCUUCCCUUGCGUUUGCUGAGCCCUUUCCUCUGACAUCCCUUGAUAGUCGCAUAGAAGAAGCAGAUGAAGAUGAAGCCGAGGAGGAACAUCUGGCGAGUCAUCGCACUAGCAAAGACGAUUUUGAUCGCCUGAAAGAAGAACGCGAGCGUGAACGACAUGCCAGACAGCUGCAACAGGCUGCUAUGGCACUCGAUCUUAUCAAGGAGGAGCUGCAAUAUCCCUCGGGUGGCACCUCAUCCAACCAUCCGCAGCAGACUUCUUCAAGACCUCUGCAAGAGGAAGGCGAUCCUCCGGGCUCAGAGCACAAACGACAAAGCGAUCAGAGUUCACGUGAUCCAGAUAAACCGAAGGAAUAAUCGUAAUUCUCUUAUAGAUCAUGAAAAUCGAAAAUUAUUAUACUUUAUUAUAACUAUUAUUUUAAAUAA